CGCGCCGCGCCGUUGUGUGCCGAGCCGUGCCGCUCGGCUCCGCUCCUCUCCGCGCCGCGCCGCCGGGGGGCCGAGCGGCGUGUCCACCUGCCGGCCUCGCCGCCCGUCAGUCCCGCCAUGGCGCUCGGCGGGGUCGGUCGCGGCGGCGCGGCGCGAGCUGCCUGGCCGCGGCUGCUGGUGGUGGCGGCGGCGGCGGCGCUGGCGCUGGCGGGGCCGGCGCUGCCCGAGGUGCUGUUCCGUUGCCCGCCUUGCACGGCGGAGCGCCUGGCCGCCUGCCCCCCGGCCGCCCGCCCGCCCUGCCCCGAGCUGGUGCGGGAGCCGGGCUGCGGGUGCUGCCCGGUGUGCGCCCGCCUGGAGGCCGAAGCGUGCGGCGUCUACACGCCGCGCUGCGCCGCCGGCUUGCGCUGCUACCCUGACCCCGGCGCCGAGCUGCCCCUUCAAGCCCUGGUGCAGGGGCAGGGCACCUGCGCCCGCCGCCGCGACACGACCGAGUACGGCGCCAGCGCCGAGCGCCCCGCAGAUCAUGGCGACGAGCGGGCAGAGAGCAUCCUGGCCGAGAACCACGUGGAUGGCACCCCGGGCAUCCUGAGCGGAGCCGGCGGCAGGAAGCCCAUGAAGACAGGCAUGAAGGAGCUGGCAGUUAUGAGGGAGAAGGUGAACGAGCAGCAGCGGCAGAUGGGCAAAGUCGGCAAACCCCACCACAACCACGAGGACUCCAAGAAGUCGCGGCUGUCUGCGGGCAGGACUCCUUGUCAGCAGGAGCUGGAUCAGGUCCUGGAACGCAUCUCCACCAUGCGGCUACCAGACGAGCGAGGUCCCCUGGAGCACCUCUACUCCCUCCACAUCCCCAACUGUGACAAGCACGGCUUGUACAAUCUCAAACAGUGCAAGAUGUCGGUGAAUGGGCAGCGUGGCGAGUGCUGGUGCGUGGACCCCAUCCACGGGAAGGUGAUCCAGGGCGCGCCCACCAUCCGCGGGGACCCUGAGUGCCACCUCUUCUACACAGCCCACGAGCAGGAGGACCGGGGAGCACAUGCCCUGCGGAGCCAGUAGACAGACGUGGUCCUGCUUGCUGGAGGCAGCUAACUGUGGCCCCAGUGCUGGAUUUUACAUGGGUUUCAGCAUGUCCUUUUAGGCUCUGGAAGAGACUGGGGUUGGGUCCCUGCGUGCUGCCCUCCUUCCCCUGCUGCCCAGCUCCUUUGGGGGAGGGGUGGUGUUUUGCAAAGAGAAGGGACUGCUUUCCCAUAGUCUUUCACCCAACCCACGUCAGAGAUCGGUCUUUUUUGCCCCUCACCCUGUGGCCCUGCCUUCCCUGCUGCUUCGCGGCAUCUUCCCGCAGCCUCCAGCACAAAGCGCCAUGCGCUCCCAACUCCUCCCAGGGCACAAAGCCCCUUGCCGUGGGCAGGAGUGGGGCAAAAAGCAAAGGAAAAACCUCACCCUUUCCCCCUCUUUCUCUCCCUUCCCCAAGACCAAAGACUGUAAAUACUGUGUCUCCUGCCUCUUGCAUCCCGCCAGUCCCCAGUGCCCCAGCCUAGCCAUCAAGUCUUGGCAUGGGAUGCAGUGUGGGAGGGAGGGAAGGAGGAAAGCCCCAAACUUCCCAGCUAGAACAUGUGGAUGCAGUUGGGAUGCAUCUUCCAAGGAGGCAUUAGUGAUGGAAAAGGCUGAGAGUCCUCACCAGAUGCUCCUGGGUGCUUUCCUUCCUGGUGUUGGGGCAAGGCCAGCCCCACGAGGACCAGGCUUCAGCCCCUCGUCUGGGAGGAUGUGGCCUGUGGGUGACAGCAAAGCUAAACGUUUGCUUUUCCAGGGAGUCUGAAGGGCUACUGCCCAGGAUUUCUUAGGAUCAGCUUAUGCUGAGGGAGCUAAAGUGAACUUGCUGGGGCUGGGUGGAAGGAUGCCUACGUAGAUUUAGAAUAACAACCCAGGGAGUGUCUCUCCCUUUCUCUUUCUCUCAUUUCUAGAUAGGAAAAACCCAUCUAAAACCUGCACUCCCAAGCAGCUGCCCUUGUCCCUUCGUUUUUGCUGGGGACUGGAGUGAGCAUCUGCUAUUCUGCACACACUUUUGUAAGUAAAUUACAGUAUGUAUCUUGCUUUGGAAAGGCCCUCACACACAUGCACCCCUCUGCCUGCACACACAUGUGCAUAGAUUAAAUCCAAGUGAUUCCAGGUGCUCUGACAGGUCUUGUGCUGGACAUGCUGCUCCAAGGAGAGAUGUCUUUGCUGUUAUUUCACCUGUUGAUUUCUUUCUGUACAGAACACACCAAUGCUGAGAAUAAAUAACUUCCCCAUCACCUAAGCAAGAA